GAGCCGGACAGUUUGAACAGACGGGGCAAAGCGAUUUUAACUGACAACGUAAAUGCCAAACAAGAGUCGAGAUUCGACAUAGAAACCAUCCACCUGGAGAUGUCCUCAGAUGAAGAGCAAGUGAGCGGCCCGGUUAUACCCAAAUCUAGUCGAGGAAGCUCUGUCUCAUCUGAGCUGCAGGAGGAAUAUGAAGAGCUACUUCGCUAUGCAGUUGUCACACCAAAGACCGACACUUUUAAAGGUGCACGCUUGCAGGCACCAGACACUGCGCAUCUGUCUGGAGCGGGUCAGGCUUCCCUCAGAACAGAACAUGCAAAACCUCAUCUCCCACCAGACCCAGCGACAGAGGUCGACCAGGGAAGGCCAAGCACCAGUGUUGCUUCCUCGGGAGCUUCUCCGCUCUUUGUUCCACAUUCAAGAGCAUCUCGUGCUGAACAGUGGUUGAGUCGGACAGCUGUCAGAGAUUUGGCAAUUUCAGAAGCUCCGUCAGACAGAUUGCACACACCAUCAGUGAGGUCAAGGUCAAACAGCCCUGACCCCGCUGCACCCGCGCCAACAGAAGUGUUCAUCUGUGAGGAGAAGAUCACCUCGAUGGGGAACAUCCUGGACAUGUGCAGCAACCAGCUGAAGACAAACGUCAUCAUGGAACUCCGAAAGUGGAAGCUCAUUUUCAUGGAGCAACACCAGCAGGAGAUGAAGAAGGAAAAGGAAAGACAAGCUGCUCUCACAGCUGAUCUGAGGUCCGAGAAUGACAGUCUGAAGGAACUGAUCCGCACCUAUGAGACGUCAGCCCAGAGGAAAGAUGAGGUCAUCGUAAACCUGAAGCAGGUUCUGCAAAAACAAAAGGAAAACCUGGAGAGGAUGAAAACCUUCACACAGUGGAGGCUGAAACACACCGAAGCAAAAGAAGAGGCUUACGCUUUACAGGUGGCAGACAAGCACUACAGCAUGCAGCUGAAGAGGAAGGUGUGGCUGGGCUGGCACUCUCUGAUCCAGAAACACUGGAAGGUCAAAGUGGAGCGGGCCUGUCGUGCCAGGGCGGAGGAGGUCUGCACUCAGCUGUCGACGGAUUAUGAGGCCAAGCUGGCGGACCACUGUGAGGCUUUGGAAAAGGCUCAUGCUGAGAUCCAGAGACUUCGACUAGAGCGAGAGCGAUAUGAGGAGUCGAUGAAGAAAGCUUUUAUGAGAGGCGUGUGUGCGCUCAACAUGGAGGCGCUUCACAUGUUCAGCCCCACAGAGGGAAGGCCAGAAGCACCAGAUACAGAGUCUUUCCCUCCAAGAGAUGAGAUGGUUUCUGCCACGAGGGACAGCCCGGGUCACUUUGAGCCUCCAGGCCCUUCGACUCACUACGACAGUGACGACAUGAUGGGUGCACCUUCUUCCAGGGCAGACGGCCUUCCCACCACCUCAGUAAUGCACAGCUCUUUGCCACCAGGGGGCAGUAAAGGCUUCAACAGACAGGGCGCCGGACGGGCUGCUGCAUCGAGCCAACAAAAACCUGCAAAGACCAUCACAGCUCGCAUUACGGCACGAUCAGAUGUCGGUAGAAACCCGCGGGCUAAUCUACGGGUGAUGGGUGUGGCUCCGCCCAUGACGUCUGUCGUUGUCGAGCGUCACCACCCCGUCACACAGCUCACCAUCGGACAGGCUACUGCGGCAAAGUUUCCUCGGUCCUCCCAGCAAGUCCCCGGCCCCUCAGGAGUCAAAGCUUCUUCACGGCACGGCGGCAGCUGCCAGGGACACGCCAUUAAAGUAGUCGACUAGUUUACUUUCAGGGACUGCUUCUGGAUUUUAAUGUUCUUUUGUUUUUUGUUUUUCACAAAUGUGAAUUUAUUUAUACGCAGUUGUACAUCAAUGUACCACAUGGUGGAGAGGUUUUAAGUAUUUAUGUUUUUAUCCACACGAGUCCAUCCAGCACACAAUUGAGGGAAUGAACUUCAAUCGUGUUUUUAAUAAAUGACUUCACCUUAC